UCUCGGAUUUUACAUCCUGUCUUCCAAGGAACUAGUGACACUCUUUCCAUCUGCCUCGGUCCCUUUGCCCACUUGCUAGACCUGAGACCAGCUGUGAGGUGAAAAGGUCAGAGGGCCCCUGUUUUGCCCUGACUGCAGAUUUAGGAUCAUUCUGACUCAACCUGCUUGAGAUCCUGCUGCAACCAUGACAACCAAAUCAAACAGCAGCGUUCUGGCUGGCAAGGCUUCCUCCUCUCCUCUCUUGUCUUCUCCACCCCGCCAGCGGCUGGUGACCAAAGACGGACACUGUGCCCUUCGUCCACCUUUGUACUCCUCGGGCUCAUGGCGCGGGUCCUUGGGCAGAGCCUGGUUGCUGGCCCUGCAGGACCUGUGGGGACUGUUGGUGGGUCUACGCUGGAGAUGGGUCCUGCUGGCCUUCUGCGUCUCCUUCCUGGCCCACUGGCUGCUGUUUGCCUGCCUGUGGUACUUACUGGCUCACCUCAAUGGAGACCUGGCUGUGCAGGACCAUGACGCCCCCCCACAGGGGCAUGUGGUUUGUGUGAAGCACAUAACCAGCUUCACUGCUGCCUUUUCCUUCUCUCUGGAAACACAGCUGACCAUUGGCUAUGGCACCAUGUUCCCAAGUGGGGACUGUCCAAGUGCCAUAGCACUGCUGGCAGUGCAGAUGCUGCUGGGGCUAAUGCUGGAAGCAUUCAUCACAGGUGCAUUUGUAGCCAAGAUUGCACGUCCCCAGAAGCGAGCAGGAGCCAUUCAGUUGAGCCCCCAGGCGGUGGUUGGCCAACACCAGGGCCAGACGUGCCUCAUGCUACGAGCCACCAACCUGCUGCAGCGACCUUUGGUGGAUGUAAAAGUGAGUGCUGUGCUGUAUGAAGAGCAUGAAGGUCAGGCCCUGCACCAGACCUCUUUGGACUUCCACUUGGAUCAUCUCGGCCAACAGCCCUGUCCCUUCUUCAUCUUCCCACUCACCUUUUAUCACCCCUUGGACCGCCAAAGCCCCCUCUACCCCGCCCUGUGUGAGGGCACGUCCAACCAUUUUGAGUUGGUGGUCUUCCUGUCUGCGUUGCAGGAGGGAACUGGGGACUCUUGCCAGAAGAGGACCUCCUACCUGCGCCAAGAAAUCCAGUUUGACCGCUGCUUCGUCCCCGCUUUGGGGCUGGAUGCUCGGGGUAGAUACAUGGUGAGCACGCAGCACUUUGACACGGCUCACUCAAUGGUGCCUUUAAAUAAGGACUGUGUGGUGCAGAUCAAUGGUGAUGGCAAUGACAGGAUGGAGUAG